AUGCUGGCUGGAGCGGGAAAACUCGAAGAGGCAUCGUCAGAAUCUUCCUCAUCGCGGGGGAUGAUGAGGGUAUACAUGGGAGGGUUGGGCGAUGGAGUGACGGACUCGGACAUGCGGAAGUUGUUCUCCCCACUCGGCCGCGUGAACUGCAUUGACUUCGUCCGCACCAAAGGCCGUGGCUUUGCUUACAUGGAGUUCACGCCAAGCUCCGAGAAAUCCCUCGCCAAACUCUUCUCUACCGUCAGUCCUUCCUCUUCAUCUCUUGAAUUCUUGUAUUUCUAAUCUACAAUUUUCGAUCAUGCGUUUUCUUUGCCUCUUUCCGCAUUUCCCUCUUCCUUUUUUCUGUGGUAAUAUUGCAUUGCGUUUGCUCCGCCUGUAUCUGUGGAUCUUUUGUAAGGGUCUGUCUGUUCCGGUGCUUUUCUGGACCACUAGGCUUCGUGGGGUGAAUGGGGUUCAUCUUCUGCCUCUAGUCGAAACUUUAAAGUGGGCGAUGCUGACCUUUAUGGAGCCCGUUAUAACCUAGCUCCAUUAUCUUUUCGACUAUCAUGCCUUGUUAGAUUUUUGAUCAUGGAAGGGUGAAAACUAGCGGAAGGUCUUUUGUGCUUCAGCGUUGCAUCGAGCAUUAAGUCAGUGCGCCAUUUUCCUCUAUAUCCUCCCCCUUUCACAAUACGAAGGUCUUUGUGUUUUCGAGUGUGCGCAAAUUUUUUGGCGCUUCUUGUAAAAGCUUAGGGGCUAACGAUUCGUGGUGUUGACGUACUGCAGUAUAAUGGGUGUUUGUGGAAGGGAGGGAGACUGAGACUUGAGAAGGCAAAAGAGCAUUAUCUUGAACGAUUGAAGCGAGAGUGGGCUGAGGAUGCUGAACCUCCUAUCAUGCCUGCUGUUAUUGGCACCCACAUAGAUCCGUGCUCUGCGAACAAAUCAAAUCGUAUGACCAACGAUAAGGCGCAACUGCAGAUUUUUUUCCCCAAGCUAAGAAAGGUAAAUUCCAGGAAAUCAUUGUCUUUAGCGUCACUGGGCAGUUUGACUGAUUUGGACUGGCGUGCUACUUUUUUUGUGCUGGUUAUGUUCUGAAAGAAACAUCCUUGUGUAUAGCAGAGUAUUUAGUAUUUUCUCCUAGUUUUUUUUAAGGUGCAUUGAUGCUCUGUCUAUAGAUAAAUAACUCAGAAAUAUGGAGUGUCCAAUUCUUUUGAAUAAAAAAUGUAGGAAGCGCAAGAUUACCAGUUUGGUCAGAGAAGGCUUCAUAAUCCUAUUCCAUCCGUACAGUGGUGUAGAACAUACACAAAUCCAUUUAAAAGAGAACUCUUCGAUACCAUCAGUGAAAAGCUUGGAUUUCUAACCUUAUAAUAUGUGUCCUUCUGCAGCUUUAUGAAUCACCAAUCCCAGCUGCCUUUCUGCAGUUUUUCAUGAACUGGGCUCCUGCAAAAAUAAUGAAAAGGCAUUUGAAUGUUUUGUGCUCCUCUCCGACAAGGUUGUCCAUGAGACUGCUUGACUUUCGUUGACUGGGAGAUGAAGCCCUUUUCCUGGAAUCUCCCCACCCUCCUUUCCGAAAACGUGUUUUAAUGGCUCCAUUUGUUUUUUCUGGUAGGAAUGUGAAUAUGCCGUGAAAACUUUACAUUGUUCCCGCAUUCAAGACGUCAUAAACUACUUUUUCCUCCGUUAAUUGCCUCAGACAUUUGGUUUUCUUAUCUCUUUAAUAUGCAACAUCACUGAAAUGCGCGUCGGGUCUAUCUGGGGCUCUCUCAUCAAUUCUUGACGAAGGAAAACAACACGUUCAUCUGUAGUCACGUUAUUAUGUCAAACAGGUUCGUUCAAGCCAAGAUCGUUAGCAUUUGUUACUGCAGAAUUAAUCAAUUUUAAAAUAGAAAGGGAUGCUCGAUAAGGCAUGAGUUCCAGUGUUACAAGUGUUGCCUAAUAGGAACAAACGUCUUGGAACCAAUCAAAAGAGCGCAAGUUUACUUUAAAGGUUGAGGAAUUCCUUUCAUCCUUUGGGAUGAUGGAAGCCCCAUAUUGAUCAAAUGUUUGUGGCAUAUUUUAUUAUCUUCCUGGCUAUUUGUCUUUUCUUCCUUCAAUUUUGACGGGCUUCUACAUUUCAAAUCAAAAUUCUGAGCAAACAUAAGUGAGGCUUAUGGGAGACCCCGCCUGCAAUAUGACCAAAUAUAAGAUUUAUACGGUUUUUAAUCAAUGCUUAACGUUUGGUGGCAUGACUUGCGGUUCUAUAUUUAACCCGAGUCAUUACGGAGCCAUUUCAUAUGGUUCGUUUAGAACUCCUAGAUGAUUAUGUGAGAAGCGAAAUUUCUUGUUCAGAGCCUACUUCGUGCAACCACAUAACCGCGUUCUAUAUAAGAAUUUUGUUCAUAAGAAUUUUUCUACUUUCUUGCAUACACCAAUCUUCUUCAGGAUUUUCACAUGUGACAUCCUUUGGGGGUUGUAUGCAAGAGCUCUUUGCUAAUGACCGUUCUUCCUUCCUUUUCUUCAAAUGAGGCAUAUCUAUGCCAGGAUAUGUGAAUAUGCGCUUCCGUUUAUUGUCAUUGUCACCCGUCUCUCGGUCAAGCCUCUCCACGGUAAACUGCAAUUCGUGCAAUGCAGGUGAAGGCGUUACCUUUCAAGGGAACGGGCAAGCACAAGUAUAGUUUCCAGCGCAUCGUGGUACCAUCCCUCCCAGUUCAUUUCUGUGAUUGUGAGGAACACUCUCAGCUCUCUGAAGAUCUUGUCCGGAAACGCCUAAACGGUCUUGAUGAUCGGAAGAUCAUAGUAAAUGAAGAGGAGCUAAAUAUCAUGAACUCUGUGAUGAACAAACUUCUUGAAAAGGAGGCAAGCAUGAAUGUUGCUGAAGGCAGGGGUGUCAGGAGGGAGGAUUUAGGCCACCCAGACACUGAAACACCAGCCGAUGGCAACAAAGCAGCUCAGGAUACAGAUGAGGAGGCGGAUGCAGAGAACCUUGUGACGAACAUAGGGCAUGGGAACAUUGAGGAAGUGUUAAAUCUGAUGCAGGUGAAAACGCGGGUACUUUCUUCUUUGUUCUAUAAGUGGCAAGCUGAAAAAAUAAUUUGAUAUUCAAAGGCAGAAAAGGUUUUCAAUUUUGGUCUUUGAACUCGAACUGUCAUUUUCUUUUUCUCCAGGAGACCAUGCCUGCCAAACGCCAAUCUUUUCGCGAUGGACUGAUUUCCGAGGAGCAUGAGAAGGAGAGAAAGCAGAAAGUUGAGCCUGGAACACCUUCCAAGACGACUUCCAGCGGGAGGGAUCAGCUUUCCCCCUCAGAGAAAAGCAACCUUUCAUCCAGCAAGGUACGACAACAGGAGACGGAACCCCAAGAGAAUGACCUCCCAGUGGCUCAAUCUCAGGGGUCAAAUGCCCCUGAGGAAGAUCCAGGCAUGAAGUCCAAGACCGAUCAGAGCUCAACCAUGGGUGAAUUGACGACGGGGACAUCUUGGAUACAGAAGUCCUCGUGGAAGGAGUUGGUCGGGGAUGCUGAUGGUAGCAGUACGUUCACGAUUUCACAUGUUCUGCCGGGUACUGUUCCUUUGGGUCCAGGAUCAACAAAGUCUGGUGGCGCAGUCAACUCCAGGCCCGACACCACAAGUACCGGCAACACCCAGUCCAACAGUAGCUAUCUAAAAUCUGUGGAAGCCAGGAAGAGCGUGCCGGCCAAGGAGAUGGCAGACCUCCGGCGUCGGGGGAAGUCGAAAAAAGAUCGAAUGUGUGAUGUCGGUGCGAGCAAUCUAGAUAAAGCAUCGCCCGGAUGCGGCAGCAAUCAGAAGUUAGAAACUGUUCCAGCAGCGGCGGUUGGCAUCGGGAAAGUCCACAGCUUUGUGAGGAGUCCUGACUCCGAGAAGGAGUGGGAAAAGGCGAAGGCGGCUUUAAGUGGGUACCUCAAGAGGAGUAGAAAUGGCCAGGAAGCUCCCGAAAGUUGCAAAUCCCGCAGGACCAUUCCUCCUUGA